GUUUCACCUAAACAAGCAAAUUAUGAGGUUUCAUUUUUUAAUAUAAUUUCUUUUGGUUAAUAUGGUGGGGUAGCAAGAUGAGAUGAGGUUGAUUAAUAAGGAAAGGUAGGUUUGUGUAUUUUCUUUCUCUCUCAGCUCAAAAAGAAAGUCAAAUACAAAUCCAACCCUUUUCUUCUGAACUCACCUCAAUUAUCUAUCACUACUUUUAGGGAUGCAUAGUUUCAACUUUCUUUUGAUUCUUUAUCUAUUAUUUAUUUUUACUCUUCUUUUCCUUUUUUAGACUCAACCCUUUAUUUCUAUCUCUUCUCUUCUUCAUUUUCUCAAUAUUUGGUGCAAAUCUGUUUCCUUUUGAAGUUUCUUUUCUUUCUGCAAAGAUGGUGAGAGGAAAGACUCAGAUGAAGCGUAUAGAGAACGCAACAAGUAGGCAAGUAACAUUCUCAAAGAGAAGAAAUGGUUUGAUGAAGAAAGCUUUUGAGUUAUCCAUUUUGUGUGAUGCUGAAGUUGCUCUUAUUGUUUUUUCAACAAGAGGGAGACUCUAUGAAUUUGCAAGUUCAAGCAUUCUAGAAACAAUAGAACGAUACCGCGGUCAUAACCGGAUUAAUAAUGCUCCAACAACAUCUGAUUCUGUUGAAAAUACUCAGCAUUUGAUGGAAGAAGCAGAAAACAUGAUGAAAAGGAUUGAUCUUCUUGAGACUUCAAAACGGAGACUCUUAGGAGAAGAUUUGGGGUCUUGUUCAAUUAAUGAACUACAAAAGAUAGAGCAACAGUUGGAGAAGAGUAUAACCAAAAUUCGAGCAAAAAAGACUCAAGUCUACAAGGAACAAAUAGAUCAGCUAAAAGAAAAGGAAAAAGUCCUAGCUGAUGAAAAUUUCAUGCUCUCUCAGAAGUAUGAUAGUUAUUCAUCACAGCAUGCAAAAAAAGAUGGCAGAGAAAAUAUAGCUGAGGCUGAACCUUUUGCAGAUCAAAGUAGUCCAAGUUCAGAUGUUGAAACCGAAUUAUUCAUCGGUCUUCCAGAAUCAAGAACUAGGCGGAUUUCACCAAAUUUGAGGACUAAUUAAUCCCUCUGACCAUGCAAAAGAUAAUAAAAUUUAUUAGUCAUUUUGAUUUUUUGUUAAAACUGAAACAACUAUACAUAUGAAAAAGUAAUUCUAUGAGUACAAUAAAUUAAAAACGAUAGAAAACAUUAAGACUUUAUUGAUAUUCUAAAAUAGCUUAAAAUUAGAGAUAAAUAUAUAUUUUUUUAGGGAAAUUCUACGGUGCAUUCGCCCGUUUGACUUCAGUGGUGAAGUCACUGUCUGACCAAUCAGAAUUAAGCCCUAAGCCCUAAUAGUGCCACAGUGGACUGAAGCAUUAAAUGACCUUAUUGACACUUACUGUGGUAAUUUUAUAGUUUAUAUAUUGCAACUUAGUCCCUAACAUAUU